UUUGCUACCAGCUACCGGCUAGUAGUCGAACUAAUGCCAUCAACUUCCCAAAUAAUUAGAAAGGUGACAAACGUUAACGAGGCCACGGAAAGAAUUCAGGCAAUCGAGAAAAAUCUCAGCCAGUGGACGUCUCACGGGGCUGAGAAGGAGUUGCAAGAGACUUAUGAAAAGAUGGAGUUGAAACGUCAGUUGAACGCUUUGAAGAAGGCGAGACCUCAGAUGAACGCUGUUGAGCAUUAUCUUGCACAGCUACAAGAAUGGCUCGCCUCAACGGAUGCUUACGUAAAAAUUGCUGCUUUUUAUGAUACUGGUGCAUGA